AUGAAACGUAGUCCUGGUGGUCUACCAACUGUCGAACAACAAUGUGUACUCCAAAAGCUGUUGCCUGUACUCAAGAAUUGGUUUCAUGAGUACGUUGAGGUUAUGGGCAGUUCUCCAUCUAAACGGAGCCGCUUCGACCAAGCACAUGCAGCAAAUCCCCUAUACGAGGAAGUUACUUGGCCAAAGUUCUUGGAUAUGAUUAAGGAAUUGAAUAGAAAAUGUUUCCAUGUCCGGAAUGAAAAAGGGGACUACAUCUGUUUUGCUCUUGAUAAAACUUGUACAGAUGGAUUUCUAUGGAAGAAGUUGGCAAAGAUCAAGGCAGAUAGCGAAGGACUGUGUUGCAUCUGUAUGGAAAAUAGUAACGAGGUAUUACUUCCGUGUCUUCACUCAUUUUGCAUGGUCUGCAUUGCCCAGGAGAUGGAGUUUCGCCCUCAGUUCAGCUGCCCAGUUUGCAAAGCUCGUAUAGAGCAUCCAUUAGAAGAAUCUUGGGAAGUGCCUGAUGCUCCAAAUCCCGAAGAGGUUGUUGCCUAUCUCAGUAAAGUAGGUGGAAAAUGA